AUGGGAACUAACCCAAAAAGGACAGUGACAGUCCAGAUGGUGCCUCAGCUGGCUGUGGCGGACACACUGGGCAAUAAGGAGCCUAAUGCCAACUGGGCUAAAGAUUCCAACCUCAAACUCUCUCAGGUUUGUCCAAAACCCACCCUCACAUCUCCUGACAAGCAGGAUAACUUGUCUGUGGCGACCGCUCCCACUAACACCAUCCCACACACCCAAAAAACAGCUUCCAAGGGAGUUGAACCAGUUAGCAGCACUGUGUCAGACAAUCCAGAACCAGGCAACGGAAACCAGACAAAAUCUGAGCAUGUGACAGGUGGAGAUCAACAUUUGCCAGACCUUUCUUCAACAAGCCAAGGUGUGGGUGAGGCAGGAGGCGAGCAGAGAGAUUCUAACGCUAACGUGAAAAUGUUAAGCCCCGCUAAUGAAAAGGACGCGUAUUUGUCUUCUGCUGUUACAGCGUCAAAGGUCGACACGCACAGUGAGGACUGCAGAAUAAAAGGGCCAAGUGCAUCAGAGGAGGAGCCUACGAAGCUGACAUCCUCAGCAAAAGACACGGCACGAGAGAACAGUAAUAAAAAUGUUGCAACGAAUGACAAAAAUCUGAACAACUCCAGUGAAUUAAGGAAUACAGCAUCUGAUCCUCAGAAAGAUCAAAAGGGGAGUAUUUCUGCUCCCAAGGAUACACCACAGAAAGCUAAAGAGCCUGAUCAUAUACAGACCUGCUCAUCAGGCUCUGCAACACCGAAACCUACACAAAGUGUGGAAACAUCAACCCCGCUUAGCUCCACUAAACUUCCAUCUAAGAGUAAAGACGCAGAGGCCGGGUCUAAAAAUGAGAAUUCAUGUUCAGCUCAUGCAGAGAAGGAUAUUCCACCAGUGAAGAGACCGCAAGUCUCCUCAGAUAAACAUCAGCCAGUGUCUUCACAGAAGCACUCCUCCACUCAGCCCCAGGCUAUACAAAAUAUGCCUGCAUACGGGCAGGUGGCCGAGGAAAGCAGCCAGACUGACACAGCUGCCUUUGAAGGGGAGCAACACUGCAAGCUCUACAGGGAGGCUUCGACUAUGACCUCAUCCCAAUCACCAGCCCCGGUCAGGCAGUGUCAUGAUAUGGAGGUUCAGGCUGUAGCUGACAUGUGCAGUAAGGCUGUUGCCACGAGUCCAAGUCUGUUUCCCUUCGCGGGGAAUCGCAGGCCGAGCGGUGGUGCGAUCCCCAGGGAGGAGGUGCAGAGCCUGGCUGUGGUCUACCAGGUUAAUGACAAUGUGAGUCUCCAUCAGACGAAUGUGACUCCUCGAACCUCCUCCAUCGACCCCAGGUCUGAGAGACUCACUGUGGAGGCAGAGAUGUGCCCCAACCAAAAUGCUGCAGCAAUCGUUUUCCACUCUGAGACUUUAUCCCAGCAGCACGACUCGAGGCUGGGAGCCAAGCCUAAAGAACCAGGAUCAGUUCCGUGCAACAUCCAGCCAGUUUAUCAAAUCAACAUCGAACACAGCAACCACAAGAAGCAAGGCGAGGCAGGUGACUUCCAAUGUAAGACUGGAGUUCAGGCAUCCGCAGCAAAAACAGUCGCUGCUGAAGCUUCUUCUCUCAAAUCAGGGACACCCCCAGAGACAGCUGGUGUUUCCAAGUCUGGAUCUGCUGACAGUAACAAAGCUGCGCUGUCUCAGGCUGCUGCUAAAGCCAAGGCUGACCAGGCCCUGCCAACAACAACAACAGCAGCAGCAGCAGCACCAGCAGCAGCAGCAGCGAAAACCACAUCCAAGGCAGAUCCACCUAAAAAUAAAAAUGAAAGUUCAAAAGAAAAAAGGAAAGAAGCUGGAGGUAAAGGCCGGACAAAGGAGACAAAUUCAAGCAAACAGAAAAUAGAACCAGAGAGAAACGCCAAAGAGGACGACCAGUCGGGGAAGCAGAAAGGAAAGAGCGUGCAUGACGUCGUCUGGGAUGAACAAGGGAUGACUUGGGAGGUCUACGGGGCUUCUGUGGACCCAGAAUCCCUUGGUUUUGCCAUUCAGAGCCACUUGCAAUGCAAAAUCAAGGAGCAAGAGAGGAAACUGAUGGCCCAGACCUCCUUCCGAAAGUCAAUCUCUGGUCCUGAUUCGCCGCGACAAGGCAGAAAGAACAAAAGGAGGCAGCAGAACAUUUUCAGGUCAAUGCUGCAAAAUGUCAGACGGCCCAACUGCUGUGUGCGCCCCCCUCCCUCCUCCGUCCUCGAGUAG